AUGCAAUUUUCCCCAAACAGUGGAGCUCCAGCAAGACUGUAUAAGAAGGGAGAUCCACAUGACAUCGGCAAAUAUAGCCCAAUCUGCUUCUUGUCCGUCAUCUACAAGCUCUUUACAAGAAUGAUCCUUAAUAGGAUUGAAAAAGUCUUUAAUGAAGGACAGCCAUGCGAGCAAGCAGGAUUUGGAAAAGGAUUCAGCGCGAUUGACCACAUUCACACUGUUUCGAAACUCAUCGAGGUAUCACGAGAGUACAAUAUGCCACUCUGUCUCACCUUCAUCGACUUGAGGAAGGCCUUCGACUCGAUUGAGACGGAAGAGAUCAUGGAAGCCUUGGACAACCAGGGUGCCCCUACUCAGUACAUAAAGAGACUUCGAGAGUUGUACAGCAAUUUCUCGACCGGAAUUUCGCCAUUCUACAAGAAAGCCAUCAUUGACAUGAAGAAGGGGGUCCGACAGGGUGAUACAAUCUCAUCCAAUAUAUUUACAGCCACCCUCGAGAACGCAAUGCAAAAGUUGGAAUGGGACGACAUGGGAGUGAAGGUUGAUGGUCGGUAG